CAUAACUCCUCUCUUUCCAUCUCUCUUGGGCGUCCUCGGACGAUCUCCUCUAUUGAGCUCUUGGAUCAUCCAGGAUAAACAAGGCCGGAUCUAUGAAUCUGAUGCAUGCAAUCCUACAACGUGCCAGGGAGGCAGUGUUGUCGCAAACAACGCGCUUUCCACCUGCAACGUUUUUACCUGCUCUUUUCUAUUCCGGAACCCUGUCAGAAAUGUGUCCAAGUCCUGGGCGCUUCCCACACCACUAGAUGAAGAGUCACAUACUCAAUCCAUACCUCGACCUGAAACCCGCUGGUUGUACAGCAGCAUGCGAGCACUCAUUACAAUAGACACCAUCUUUGAAUCAUUAAGCAUUUCCUCCUUUCGAUCCUCAUGAAUCCUGCAUUGCGUGCCCUCAAGAAUACGAUCCGAAAGGACUUGCGACAGAAGCUCGCUGCUCUCACGCCGGAGGAGAUCAGGCGCCAGUCCUUGAUCGUGACUGAGAAGCUCUUGGAGAUGCCCGUGUUCAAAGAAAGUCAGAACGUCAGUGUGUAUAUCAGUAUGCAUGGCGAGAUCUCUACUCCAGAUAUCAUUCGGACGCUGUUGGAACAGAACAAAUCAUGUUAUGUUCCUAGGUGUAAAGGCAGCAAUAUGGAUAUGGUCAAGAUUGAAUCCUGGGAAGACUUUAUGUCCUUGCCCAAGAAUAGCUGGAAUAUCCCUGAACCAGCCCACGAUGAAUCAAGAGAAAACGCGUUGGAUACCUUGCAUGGACUUGAUCUUAUUGUCAUGCCUGGACUUGCGUUCGACCACACAGGAACGCGACUUGGCCAUGGUCGAGGGUAUUAUGAUAAUUAUCUUAUCAAGAUCAACGCGCACAACAAGUCUAUUGGACGUCCCCCAGUAACCACAGUUGCGCUUGCACUGACGGAGCAAAUUGUCGAUACGCCAUUGCCACGAUGCGAGACAGACAUCAACCCACAGAAAAUCCUUUACCCCUGAUCUUGGACAGGAUCAGUUAUUCAAAUUCCAUCAGUGACAAUUCACUUUUAAAACCUGUCCACUAUUCUCUCGACCCAAUCUGCACUUCAUUUGAAGCAUGGCUUAUGGAUGCGGAUAUAUUUAUCGGGGCCGAGGCAACUAAUAAAACGAUACCGUGUUAGUAAAAUUGACCCAUUUUACAGCCAUUUGCCGAUAAGAACUCCAGCAACA